GCAAAGUUGACAAAGCAUUAAAAAGGUUCAUUAUUGCCAUUUAUUACAGUAGCUUACAUACAGAAAGAAAAUCAGUGAUUCAACUUUUGUAGUUUCUUAUGAUUUGUAAAUAAGCAUUUUAUUUUAUUGUUUUUCAAACCUUUGGAAAGAGUAUAUUUCAACACCAAUCAUGCAAAACAUGGACACUGCAUGGGACACAACUUUCAGUCCUGACUAUUCUUUCAAUACAUUGGAAACUGAAAACUUCAGUGGACCCAUAGUACUACUUUGUGAGGAAGACAUACAGACAACAAGACUAAUGGCUACAUUCACCUCAGGCUUUUUUAUCAUGUAUUCUUUUCUUGGUCUUUUUGGAAACGGCCUGGUUUUGCUGGUUGUGAUAAAGUAUGAAGACUUGAAAAAGGUAACAAAUAUUUUUAUAUUAAACUUGGCGAUAUCUGACAUGGUGUUUGCGUUCACCCUCCCAUUCUGGGCUGUCUACCAUGUGCACCACUGGAUCUUUGGACACGUAAUGUGCAGGCUAAUAAGUGGAAUGUAUUUUACUGGAUUCUACAGCUGCAUAAUGUUUCUGACAGCAAUGUCUUUUGAACGUUACCUGACAGUUGUUCAUGCAAAGGCUCCUAAGUUGAAGAAGAGGCUGUGGUUUGCACACUUGGCAGCUGGAAUUGUGUGGUUAUUCAGCCUAGCAGGAGGAAUCUUUGAAAUGAUAAAGUCCAGUGCACUAGAAAGUUUCGAUGGCAGAAUCCUAUGUGAAGAGCACAUACAGAACAACCCUGAAUUGGCCAUUCAACUGAAAAAUAACAUGUUGAACUUAGUGGGAUAUUAUCUCCAAAAUAUUUUCUUCUUUUUAGUUCCAUUAAUCAUUAUUAUCUACUGUUACUGUAGAAUUUUACAAACUGUUAGAAUGUGCAGGACACAAAAGAAAUUUAAAGUUGUGAAGCUCAUUUUUGCCAUUGUCCUGGCAUUUUUUCUGUGCUGGGCACCCUACAACCUAACUCUGCUACUUUUGUCUCUCAGAGAGUUAGACAUUGGUUUCUUAACGGAAUGUCACAUAUAUAAAAACCUAACAUACUCACUUAUAAUCUGUCGUAAUAUUGCCUGUUUUCACUGCUGCGUUAACCCAUUAUUUUACAUGUGUGCUCAAAAUUUCAGACAGUCUUUACUUAAUCUGCUUUGUAGAGGUUCACAUUCGCAAUGUGACAGGAAAGUGAAUCAAAGGAGCCAUGAGAGUGGCGAGUGCAGCAAGCCAGCUACUCGAGAAGGACAAACCUUAUCAAUGGAUUUAAUAUAAUUCAUUUAUUUAUUCACAAAUAUAUAUAUAGCAAUGUUUUGUAUCUGCCUGGUGAUAAUUUUUUAAAACAAAGCCACAAAUCAUUACAUGUAAUUGUAUAUUAGAAACAACUGUGGAUAACUUUAAUGCUUAUAAAGCAUAAAUUAUACACAUCAUGGCUUCAUUACUUUUUCAUUCAGUUUCAUUUAUGAAUGCUCGAAUUACUUUCACUUGGUAUUGUCACCGGAAAGUAAUAAAAUAAUCAACAUUGUAGUGCUGAAUUGGUUUUCAAAACAUGCAAAGACUUAUCUGAUGAGUUCCCAUUUUGGAAUCCUGUGACCUCUUUUUACUGAAUAAAGUUAAAAGAUCAAUUGAGUGACAGUCUGAAGUAGAGAAUACAACAACAGGAAAAAAAGGUUUUACAGGUCUGAUUUCUACAUUGAUGAUAGAAUGUGUGGUGUGUAAUCUCAC